GCACCAUAGACGUGACGUGACGCAAAAGAGGCCACCUUUCCAGGAAGUGGCUAAACUGGAUAGCUUCAUGUUUGGGCAAUGAUGGAGGAAGAGGAAUUUGAAUUUGCUGAAGAUUUGGAUGCUAUUUUGCACCUAAGCCCACAGGUGCAAUUAGCUAUUGAACAGGUUUUUCCCAUUCAGGACCCACUGGACAAAGAAGACUUCAAUGCUGUGGAAUACAUCAACACACUGUUUCCCACUGAGCAGUCCUUGGCCAAUAUUGAUGAUGUGGUAAACAAAAUCCGUCUGAAGAUCCGCCGUCUCGAUGAUGACAUCAGGACGGUGGUGAGGGGCCAGACCAAUGUGGGUCAGGAUGGUCAACAGGCUUUGGAGGAGGCCCAGAUAGCCAUCCAGCAGCUCUUUGGCAAAAUCAAGGACAUUAAGGACAAGGCGGAGAAGUCUGAACAAAUGGUCAAAGAGAUUACAAGGGACAUAAAGCAGCUGGACCAUGCUAAACGCCACCUCACCACGUCUAUCACCACCCUCAACCACCUGCACAUGUUGGCGGGGGGAGUUGACUCUUUAGAAGCCAUGACCAGAAAGAGACAGUACGGCGAGGUGGCCAACCUACUGCAGGGAGUGGUCAAUGUGCUCGAGCAUUUUCACAAGUACAUGGGCAUACCCCAGAUCAGACAGCUUUCAGAGAGAGUAAAGGCAGCACAGAGCGAGCUGGGGACUCAGAUUCUGGCAGACUUUGAAGAGGCCUUCCCCUCUCAAGGCUCUAAGAGACCAGGUGGACCCAGUAAUGUUCUGAGAGACGCAUGUCUGGUGGCAAAUGUCCUCGACCCUCGCAUCAAACAGGAGAUCAUCAAAAAGUUCAUCAGGCAGCACCUCUCCGAGUAUCUGGUUCUCUUCCAGGAAAAUCAAGAUGUUGCUUGGUUGGACAAGAUUGAUCGCCGCUACGCUUGGAUCAAACGACAGCUGUUGGACUAUGAAGAAAAAUAUGGCCGCAUGUUUCCUGAUGAGUGGUGCAUGACAGAGCGCAUUGCUGUGGAGUUCUGCCACAUCACCAAGGUGGAGCUCGCUAAGGUGAUGCGAACACGAGCGAAGGAGAUUGAGGUGAAACUCCUUCUGUUUGCCAUCCAGAGGACUACAAACUUUGAGGGUUUACUGUCCAAGCGCUUCACGGGAUGUACGCUGACGGACAUACCUGGAAAAAAGAGGCCAGAGAGUCCACUAGACCCAACUAACCCCUUCCUAGAUGAGUCAGGGGAGGAUGUGGGAGCAGAGAAGGAUGAAGAGUUUGCUAAGCCCAGGAAGCCCAAAGCUCCUGACAACCCUUUCCACGGCAUCAUAUCCAAGUGUUUUGAACCCCACCUAUAUGUCUACAUAGAAUCCCAAGACAGGAACCUGGGCGAACUGAUUGACCGGUUUGUGGCUGAUUUCCGUGCACAAGGCCCACCUAAGGCAGGCACAGAGGAAGGUGGGGCGGUGCUGCCCAGCUGUGCAGACCUCUUUGUUUAUUACAAGAAGUGCAUGGUCCAGUGUUCCCAGCUGAGCACUGGUGAACCCAUGAUUGCCCUCACAACCAUCUUCCAGAAGUUCCUCAGAGAGUACGCUUGGAAGAUCCUCUCUGGCAACCUACCCAAGUCGAACAGCAACAGUGGGGGUCUUACCAUCACCAGUCUGCUGAAGGAAAAAGAAGUCUGUGAGGCAGCAAAGUUUACCGUGGAUGAGCUCUGUCUGAUCUGUAGUAUCCUUAGCACGGCUGAAUACUGUCUGGCCACCACACAGCAGCUGGAAGAGAAGCUGAAGGAGAAAGUGGAUAAAGUGUUGGUGGAGAGAAUAAAUUUGACUGGAGAGAUGGAUACUUUUAGCACAGUCAUCUCCAACAGCAUCCAGCUGCUGGUUCAAGAUCUGGAUGCUGCCUGCGAUCCCGCUCUAAAUGCUAUGAGCAAGAUGCCGUGGCAGAAUGUGGAGCAUGUGGGUGACCAGAGUCCUUAUGUGACCUCAAUCAUCAUGCACAUUAAACAAAAUGUGCCAAUCAUCAGGGACAACCUUGCCUCCACACGCAAAUACUUCACACAGUUUUGCAUCAAGUUCACAAAUUCGUUCGUCCCCAAAUUUAUCAACCACCUAUUUAGAUGUAAACCCAUCAGCAUGGUGGGAGCCGAACAGCUCCUCCUGGACACUCAUUCUCUGAAGACUGUCCUAUUGGAUCUGCCGUCCAUAGGCUCCCAGGUGCUCCGCAAGGCGCCUGCCAGCUACACCAAGAUAGUGGUAAAAGGCAUGACUCGUGCAGAGAUGAUACUUAAGGUGGUGAUGGCCCCACAUGAACCACCAGUGGUGUUUGUUGAUAACUACAUCAAACUUCUGGCUGAUGGGAAUCCAGAAACUUUCCAGAAGGUUCUGGACAUGAAGGGUCUGAAGCGCAGCGAGCAAAGCAGCAUGCUGGAGCUCUUCAGGCAGAGAUUACCCACUCCACCCUCAGGGGCCGACGGCGGCACCUCUCUGUCCUUUAGCGCCCCCACUCCUGAACAGGAAUCUUCUCGUAUCCGCAAACUAGAGAAACUCAUCAAGAAAAGACUGUGAACAGACUUGGAUCUUCAUCCUAACUGCCGUCAGAUUGCUUUUCGUUAUUUAUAACAAAAGACUCCAUUAUUCUCCAUUCAGUUAGUUUGGGAUCUCAGAGAGAGCGAAAAGUUACAUUCUUCCUAAACGUAAUAUGAAACUGAGCUGAAGCUGGGUUAUGAUGAAACUUCCUAAACGGUUAAUGAGAUUUGUACACAUGUAGCUGUAAUUUCCCUUUGUGGUUUUCGUGACGCUAACACCUGAGCUAUCAGAGGAUCUGAUGUGUUGUUGAUUUAAAUUCUGCUCAGAAAGUCUCUGGCUGCUCUUUAACGUAUUUAAUCCUUGAUGAUUGUAACAUUGAUGUAAAUUAAAAACCGUUUCUGAUUAUGA